ACUAGUUCUUCGUUUUUCUUUCUUUACUCGUCUCUCUCUCUCUCUCUCUCUCUCUCUCUCUCAUAUCACAUUCUCUUUCUAGCUAGGCUCUCACCGUGUUUUCGUCGGCGUCGAACCCGACAACAGCAACUAUACGAAUAACGAUAUUUGAUCUCACAAUAAUCUCUACUUUUUCCCUAAUCGUCUCUGUACAGCCUUGUAAUCAAUAUCGCAGUCGCCAAGUGAUAAAGAAGAAAACAAACCAAACUCUCUUGAUCAUCUGUUUGGUUCGAGGGGUUUGAGUCUUGACAGCUCAAUCACCAUCAAUGAACAAGUAAGGAGCAUUUAAACUUUGAAAGUGGUUCUUCUUUAUCAAAAAAAAAAUGUUGGAGGAUCCAAAAUUUGCAGGUAUGAUGGGCGUCAAUCAUGGAAACGAUAACUUUGUUGACCUAUCACAAGUGUUCUACCAUAAGCUUGGUGAAGGUUCCAGCAUGUCAAUCGACAGCUUCAAUAGUUUACAAAUGAGCAACACAGGUGGGUCCAUUGCCAUGUCACUUGACAACAGUAGUGUCGGGUCAAACGACUCACACACUCGCAUCUUAAACCACCAAGGUCUAAAGCGUGUGAAAAAUAAUUACACUGAUGCCCUUAGUGUCAACAGAGGAAGAGUCCAUCAAGGCUUAAGUGAUGAUGCUCUUGCUAGAGCUUUAUUAGACACCCGUUUCCCAACAGAAGGGCUUGAGAAUUUCGACGAGUGGACUAUCGAUUUAAGGAAACUCAGCAUGGGACCCGCUUUCGCACAGGGUGCAUUUGGGAAGCUUUAUAAAGGCACUUACAAUGGUGAAGAUGUUGCCAUUAAGCUUUUGGAGAAACCAGAGAAUGAUUUGGAGAGAGGACAACUUAUGGAGCAACAGUUUCAGCAAGAGGUUAUGAUGCUUGCAAGGUUGAAACAUCCAAAUAUAGUAAGGUUUAUUGGUGCAUGUAGGAAGCCUAUGGUGUGGUGUAUUGUGACUGAAUAUGCUAAAGGAGGUUCUGUGAGGCAGUUUUUAGCUAAGAGACAGAAUAGAUCAGUGCCUUUGAAGUUAGCUGUUAAACAGGCGCUUGAUGUUGCAAGAGGAAUGGAAUAUGUUCAUGGAUUUGGAUUGAUUCAUAGGGAUUUGAAAUCUGAUAAUCUUUUGAUCUCUGCUGAUAAGUCAAUCAAGAUUGCUGACUUUGGAGUUGCUAGAAUUGAAGUGCAAACUGAAGGAAUGACACCCGAGACUGGGACCUACCGUUGGAUGGCUCCGGAAAUGAUACAGCACAGGCCUUACACACAAAAAGUGGAUGUCUACAGCUUUGGAAUUGUUCUUUGGGAACUCAUCACUGGAAUGCUUCCAUUCCAAAACAUGACAGCUGUCCAGGCGGCAUUUGCGGUUGUCAACAAAGGUGUCCGCCCGACAAUCCCACACGACUGCCUGCCCGUGCUGACCGAAAUCAUGACACGUUGCUGGGACGGAAACCCUGAUUCCAGACCGGCGUUCACGGAAGUUGUCAGAAUGCUUGAACAUGCGGAAACCGAAAUCAUGACUACAGUCCGGAAAGCUCGAUUCCGGUGUUGCAUGAGUCAGCCGAUGACUACUGAUUGAAGGAAAAACAGGCAAGAAACAGAAAGGGAGAAAGAAAAAAAAAAUUAAUAUUAUGAUAUCAAGGACUACUACCUGCUACUUGUUUUGUUGGAUUUUAUUUUUGAUUUUAUGGAUUGUGUUGCUGAAUUUUAGUAGUAAUGGUAAUGGAGGAGAUUUGAUGUA